AAGCGUCUCGAUGCUGUCGACCAAUCACAAAGAGUUUCAAUUUUGAAUUUGUUCUCGGUGGGUGGAGAUUUUGCCUUGUCGCCAUAUUGUGUUCGGCUGUGUGUGCUGGAAGUGAAAUUAAUUCUUAAUUUAGGUGUAAUUUCUUUGCGUACACUGUUCGGAUUAAAAAGCCUUAAGGCUAGAAGCUAGUAUGGGUGCCAAGCAGAGCAAGCGCUCGGUGGACAUCAGUGGCAAGGAGGCGGAGAGCGCGGGCGAGGUGGCGGCGGGCGCGGGCGGCGAGGGUCGCGUGGAACAGCUCGCCGACGCUGACGCGCUCAAGCCGCAGCUCAAUGGCGACGCGCACAUACACGACACAGCGGAAAAAGUAAAAGAACUAGACAGCGGCACGCCAGAGAAUGAAAAGGAUGCUACCACAGAGAAGGAAGGCAAAGAACAGGAAGAAGAAAAAGAGAAAGAAUCUUCCGUCAUAACGAACGGCGAUAGCGAACUGAAGGCAGACAGUGGAGAGUCCACACCUUCCCCAGAGGACACCAAGAAACCCAAGAAAGAAAAGGUCAAGAAGAAAUGGUCACUGAGGUCGAUCAGUUUUAGUAGAAAAGACAAACCCAAACAGGAGAAAAAACAAAAGGAAGAAGAGGCCAAAACGAACGGAGAGCCGGAGAAAGUGCCCGAGGAGGUUGCUGAAACGAGUCCAGAGAAGGAAACUAAUGGAGUAAUCCAAGAAGAUAAAUCUGAAACCGAAACUAGAGAUGAGAAAACCCCAGACACUCCAGUAACUGAACCCAUCACAAACGGCAGCAGCUCCCCGGAGACGCCACCAGAACAAACUCCCACCACAGAUGAGCCGACUAACGCCACUAAAGAAAACGAAAGAACAGAAUCACCAAAGGAGGAAGUUGCACCGGAACAAUUGCCUAUUAAUGGACUUCCAUUAGAAGAGCCAAAAAUUGAAAUUGCCGAACCUGUCGAAACUGUAGCAUGCAAAGCCGAGGAAACUACUGUCGAAAAGUCUGAACCCGUCCCAGCUACUGAAAUUCCUGAUAAGAAUGAGGUUUGUGUUGAAAAAUCUCCCUUAAUAGAGCCUUCGCCUCCACCACUCCCCGCAAAUCCUCCUCCCUCAUCGGUGGCUUCCUUUGCCGCUACCACUAUGGCACCAGAACUGACAGACGCUUCGCUCGCUAACCCUGCUGAAGUUACUUCGAACGCAACACGUGUAGAUAUUCCAGAAAUUAAUUCAGAAAUUAAAGUUGAACCCGUCUCUAUUGAUGUUCAACGUAUUGAUCCCAUAGUUGAAACCGAAACGGUAAUGGAAGUUGAAAGCACUGAAGUCGAACAACCAAUCGUAACAUCCGAAUCUGACGCAGAUGUGAAUAACGAAGAAAUUCCUAUUUCUAAUGAAGACAAGACUGACUCUGAGGUACAAGAAACUGUUUCAAUUGAUAUUCCACAAGAUAAUAUUAAUCUGGAAAAUAAUGUUUCGAACGAUAUCGAAGCUUUAAAUGACAGUGACGAUAUUAAAAAUGAAGUCCAGAGUAUAAAUGCGGACCGAAAAUCUCCCGAAACUGUCGUAGACGACUUACCAGAACAUAAUGUCGUAAUAACCGACAACGGCAAAGAUAGCGCUAACGACGACGAAAACAAACAAUUACAGCCCAUCGAAAGGGAUGUGGCACUGGCUACGAGCAAAACUGACUCUGAAAACGGUAUGACGGAGCAUAGUGAAGCGCCCAAAGAGAGUAUUCAGAGCGACGAUUUAAAAGAAACAAACAAGAUGAAAGAUUCUACACAAACAGUAGAAGUCGUCGAAUGUAACGGGCGAUUGGAAGACGAGAAAGCGAUGACGAAUGGCGAAGCGACGCCCGCGAUCGACGACGCGGCAGACUCGGCGCCGCCCUCGCUGUCGGACGCGAGCCUGCCGCCGCCGCCCAGCGAGCUCGGCGACGCGCCCGCGCCUCAGGAAGUAAUUUCCGUGUCCGAUAAGAUGGCAGAGCUGAUCCCUGAGGUUCCUUCAGUUCCAGAGUUAAAAACUGAGCUGGAGACGACGACCGAUGUGGCAGUGGCUAAUUAAACACGCAGCGAGUUUGAUACUCCACAUGUUAGUCCUCGAGACAGAUGUCUAAAAAUGAGCCUUUAAUUUAUUUCCAUUUAGUACCACGAGGUGACAUCGAACUAAGUUCGAUGUAUGAUUUUCGAUUUCAUUUUUGUGGAUUUCAGUUUAAAAGAAGACCUUCAUAUAGAAUGAGUAUAGUUUAAGUUUAGCGUGCUUUGCUUCUGUAAAAUUAAGGUUUUUAUGUAUUUUAAAUUCGCUAGAAUGAUCUUUUAUAAUUAUAUACAAUAACAAAGUUAUGUAGGCAGUAUACGGUGCGAUAAGUUGGUGCCAUUAUUACAGGGGUAUUAGUUAUGACGUCUGGUGGGUGAUUUACUCCUUGAUUACUUCACAGAAUGCUAUUUUACUCCUGUCUAAUACGUAUUGUUUAGAAAAAUUGUGAGUAAAUUAGAUUUAAUUUAAAAUUAGCGUGUUUCAAAUAUUUUGGAGUUCCCUCCCGCAUAUGCCUAAAAAUCUGAAGUAUUAAGUCUUAUAACAAUCGCUGAGUAAAAAGGCUAAGAUUUGGUUUGUAUUCCGUAAAGAGUAAGACUUUGAUUACAUACAAUAUUGAAUGAUGACAACUUCGGUCAUUAUGGAAACACUAAUGUCAACUAUGUGUUUAUUAAUAUAAUACUAUUAAUUGUUGUAUGAUAUUAUGAGCGUUUGAUUGUGUUGCAGCUUUUAAGAGAUAAAAAGCUUGAAACAUUGAUCCCAUUUUUGAUUUUUUAAUGCAUUGAAAAAAUAUAUUAUAGUUUUUAAUAAUGAAACACUAUUAUGUAUAUAUGAAUAAUUAAUUACGUUUUCCCGAAUCUUAUUUUUCAUAAAUUCUGUUGUCAAAUUGGAAUUGAAAUUGCAUUUUGUAUAUUGUUAUAAGUGACACAAAACAAACGGAUUUCAUUUAAUUAAGUAUAUUUUAUGCACCUAUGUUAUUAUUAUUCUGCUCUUUGUAAUUAUAAGUUGUAUAAAUUUAGUUUGAUUUUGAGCUCUCUCGUAUAAUGCAAACGUGAAAUUUAAUGGAAGUGUUGAAUUCGCCUCCACGCCUAGUGAUAUAUUGUAGGUCUAGGUGUGUCGUCUAUUUGAUUAUGUUGUUUCGUUCAGAUAUUUAGGAGUGGUAUUUACUAAAUUGGACUUAAUAUUAUUCAGUGGCCAAGUUUUUGAUUAAUCUAUACAAUUUUUAUGCAUAUACAAACUACAAUCAAUUAUAUGUACGAUUUAGACGUAGUAUUUGUAACAAGUUAGAUAAGCAGUGGAAUAUUUCUGCUAUUAGUAGACAUUCGUUUCCACCUCAUUCAUAAAAUUAGAUAUUAUCUACGUAAGGUUUGAUAUUACUAUACAAUUAUUGUAAUUUUUAUAGUUGUCUGGUAAAAUGAUUUCCUAAUCUUUUUUGUAAUUUUAUACAUUUUUAAUGAAAUUUGAAGUGACGCAUCUGUAUGGACGGCGAGAAUAUCUCCCCAGUAUAUCAGCGCUAAAUACGAGUGAGACAUUCCAUAUCAAAUGCCUGCAAGUCUGAUAUAAGAUAUUCCAAAUAGGUACCUCUAAAGUAUUUUACUGGUGAUAAUAUUUCCACAGUCUCGAAUGUAUUAUAAUUUGAAUAUAAAGACCUUUUAGGGUUUAGCAUUAGUUUUAGCCACAUAAUUAUCCAAAAUGUACCUACUAAUUAAUAAAAAUAUUUCGUUGG